AUGGCCGCCCGCCGCCUCCUGGGGCUCCUCGCCGCCGCCGCGCUGCUGGCCGCAGGUCAUGGGGACAGCCUGGAUGACUUUAACCUAGAAGAUGCUCUGGAUGAUCUCACCACCAGGCGACCAGCAACUCCCAAGGGGCCCCGGAAGCCAGCAGGCGGGUCAGACUUCAGCCUGUGGGACGCCGUCCUCACCACCACCACGCGGCGCCCCAAGACGACGCGGGCACCUCCCAAGCGCGACCCAGCAAAGGGUGCUAUGGAUUUGGACUUGGCCGAUGCCCUUGAUGACAGCAACGACAGGAAAGGCGCAGGGGAGAAGCCGAACAUAAAGCCUGGUGAAGCUUUUUCGGAUGAUGACCUGGCCAGUGUGAUAGAUGGCGGCUACAACCCCGACAGGAAGGGUGGUGGCGGCGGCAGCACGGAGGGUGACCACAACACAGGCAACGUGGCCGAGACCGGGACCAUCGCCGGCAUAGCCAGCGCCCUCGCCAUGGCGCUCAUCGGCGCUGUCUCCAGCUACAUCUCCUACCAGCAGAAGAAGUUCUGCUUCAGCAUCCAACAGGGACUUAACGCGGAGUAUGUGAAAGGAGAGAACAUGGAAGCGGUUGUGAGUGAAGAACCUCAAGUUAAAUAUUUAGCACUGGAAACGCAGUCAGCAGAACCACCCAAACAGGACGGUGCGAAGCUCUGAAGCAUGACCUGGGGCUGGAAGAGAGUCAGACAGCAGCCAACGUGGAGAUCCUACAAGCUUGUAAUUUAGCUYUUUAUUUAAUUUGAAUCCAAAGCUAUUUAACGUGCACUUAGGCUUGAAUUGGCUUCUUAGUGCUAUAGACUCUAGGGUUGCAAGGGUAGUAUGUGUUUAUUUUUUGUAAAGACUUACAUGUUUACAUUGAAGUACUGUUGUGGGCUUGAUCUCAAGUUGAAUGCAGACCAAGGGAAGGGGCUUCAGUAGAGUCCGAGUGUCAGAUAAGGGACGAGGUCCUUCCCAAGGAGCCGAAGGACUUACUGGUGUGACUACAGUGAAGUGCCUGUAAAUAGCAAUCCAAAGCAAACCAUGCAGAGCCCUUUGUAAAUCACUUCUGUCUGACUUCGCCAUCUACUAGGGGCACACAACUUCCAGUGGCAGUGAUGAAAACUGCACGUUUCCUGAGCGUAGAUUGUGCUGCUUAGAGUCGCUACACCUGAAAAUAAAGUGCCUAUGGGAAGGUCCUCAGGUGGGGCCGCAGGCUGAGCCGGGUGACACCCUGCUCCUUGGUCCAGGAUGCUGCCAACCACACAGCACUGGGCUUCUAACCAAAUAAAAGGACCUGAUUUUCAUCCCAAAACACUACUACAGGUAAUAGCCAUGAAUGCAGUGCUCAUUUUUGGCAAAUACCAUUUGAACACGYGGCAAUGCUAGAGGUCAGAACGGAGUCGAAGUUACAAAGGGAUAGAGUUUGCCUCUGUCAUCAACAAGAUACCUACAUUGUCAUCAAAAUGAAAUGAAAAUUGUGUUUUUAUGCUUCCAAGGAGAGAUUCAGCUCUCAUUCAGACCAGAGCAAAUUACAGAUUUAACCCAAAAGGAAAUAAAGAGCAGGUCAGUUGAGACCUGUGACUGCCACAUGCCAAGCCAAGCCCACCAGAUACUGUCCCUCCACGUCCUCCAAGCACCCACACAACUAUYGAGAAGGGUCCCUGUCACCUUAGGCAGAAAAGGGGUGCAAAGCUUUGACCCUUGCUGCAGGAUUUGUGCUUAUUCACAGCAUCCCUCCACAUCUCUCYUUUAUUGAUGCUAAAAUGUGAACACUGCUACUCACCCAUACAUUUUCCCCAAACAGUGAAUACUUAAAAAUGCUUUAAAGUGAGGGGAAAUUCAGUUUACCUAGUGCAAAAGRUACUCUGUGUUUAUAUAUAAACCUGAAAUGUCUACAUUUUGUAAUGUUUUGCAAAAACACAUAUAAUGUGAAUGUGGAUAAAAAAAGUGUUUUCUGUUUGAUGUACAAAUUCACAGCUUUCAUGUAGGUAUGACUUACACAAGGCCUUGCCAAAAGGUGAAUAAACCUAGGAGCUUUUCUGUCUAACAGCUCCAUUUGAAAGGAAAUUGCCUAGUAACAUUACAAGGAAUUUGCAACAACUGCACAAUUCUUAAGUUGUUUUUGCACUUGCAUUUUCAAAGCCUUACACUAACUCUAACAGAACAACUACCACAUUUUAUAAGGCAGACAGAUCYUAAAAAUAUAUGGCAACUCGCAUUUAUUUGGACCACAUGGGCUACAACAACCCUGCUAUUAAUUACUGCUACUUUGUUUUAUUAAUAGAUUUCARUUAGAAAACUAACUACUGGUUUCUCUGAAACUGGAAGCAGAAGAAAUAGACACAGGAUAUGGAAUAUAUAUUUGCUUAUUCCUCGAGGUGGAUUUUUAUGGAGGAGAUGAGGGUUGUACAUACACUAGUGCUCAGAAGCACCUGGGUCUGGGUAACUACUUCUCCAAACACUGCAGCCUGUCCUUUCAUAGCCAACAUAUCUGACAGCUGUGAUGUGAAAACAUUUUUAGAAAAUAGAUAAAAUGGUGCAAUAUGGCAUUGAUAAACGGUAAGAGUCAUAUUCCCUGGGCAGAUCCAAUGAACAAGGAAAAAAUAACAAUUUUUGGAACUCUGCACUGAAGUUGUUCCUUUUGCCAAAGCCUUUUCUGUGGCCUUGGUGAAUAUUUAUGCCUUAAUGUAAUUUAAAGGUAUGCGUAAGGAAAAAUGUAAAUGCCCAGUGAAAGGGAGCACCUUUUUCAAAGUUUACAGUAACAGAAAUCAAGAUUUCUUUCUGAAAUAUUUCUCAUGGGGAAAUAUUGACAAAUACUGCAGUAAAGAAAUUAAACCCAGUCUCUUCAAAAACAACUGGGCAAAAACCUACAGCCUCACGUGCUAAAUGUCAGUUCAGACUCAAGUGCUUUUUUAUUGCA